AUGCCCUCACCCUCGCCUCUUGCAGUCCUCCCGCUUCGCACGGUCAUCCGCUCCUUGCUCACCACGACGAUCUCUUCGUCGCCGCUCCUCCUGCCGCCGUCGCUCUGGAUCAUGUCCGCCCUGGCGCACGCCACCAGUCCGCUCCUCGACCCUGACAGGAACCCGCUGCUGCGAUUCGUCUUGAAGAGCACUUUUUACGCGCAGUUCUGCGCAGGCGAGACCCCGGCCGAGGCCCGGCGCACCAUCGACGACCUCAAGGACAUUGGCUUCACGGGCGUCAUCUUGGGGUACGCAAAGGAGGUCGUCUUGACGGCAGAACAGACCCGGGACUUGGCGGCGUGUGGCAAGGGUGACAAGGCCGAGGAGUGCGUCCGCAACGAGGUCAUUCCGUGGGCUCAAGGAACAAUGGAGACGGUCAGACUGGCGCAGCCUGGGGACUUUGUCGCCCUGAAGUUCACGGGCGCAGGUCGUCAGGCAUUAUAUUCCCUCGCGGAGCGUCUGCCACCAUCUGCAGCCAUGGCGGGCGCAAUUGACUCUAUAUGCUCCCUCGCCGCCAGGCGCGGCAUCCGCCUGCUGUUCGACGCUGAACAAGCUUCCCUCCAACCCGGCAUCGACGACUGGACCCUCGACUAUAUGCACAAGUACAACAACAACCCCGGGCAGGCCCUGAUUUAUGGCACAUACCAGGCGUACCUCAAGUCUACCCCGCAGACCCUUCAGCGACAUCUCCGGACCGCGCAGGCCGAAGGCUUCACCCUGGGUGUGAAGUUGGUGCGCGGCGCAUACAUCGGUUCUGACCCGAGACACCUUAUCCACGACACCAAAGCAGACACAGACACCUACUAUGACAGCAUUGCGGAAAGCCUACUGAAAAAGCAGUGGGGUGACGUCUUGCGUGGAGGCUUUGAGAUACCGCACGUCAGCUUGGUCCUGGCGUCGCAUAACGCCGAGUCGGUCAGGCGGGCGCGUGACAUCUGCGACGCUGGCGAGGCCAAGAUCCAGUUUGCUUUCGCGCAACUCCAAGGCAUGGCUGAUGAACUCAGCUGUGAACUCAUCUCUGCGAGGAGUUCAGGGGAUUCAUCGGAAAGGACGACAAAGACCCGGGCGGUUGAGACAUACAAGUAUCUCGUUUGGGGGUCAACUGGCGAUUGUAUGAAGUAUCUGUUAAGAAGAGCGCAUGAAAACCGUGACGCGGUGCAACGCACACGGAGUGGACGCGAUGCCAUGUGGGGCGAGCUGGUGAGGAGAGCCAAAGUUGCCAUUGGGGUAUCUAUGUAG